UUACCAUAGUGGGCUUAAUGAUUCUGCUGUCUAACAGAAAGAGAAAGAUAGGAGGAGAGAAAGAAAAUCAAACUAAAUGAGAAGCACAGAUCCUGUCCACCAUUCCUAGACUCCAUCUCCAGGUUUUCAGAGUGGCUGUGUUUCAGUAGAUCAGUCAGAGCGUGUGUGAAGCGUGUGUGUGUCUCCUGCGCUGUGCUGCAGUAGAGAGCCCUUCGCUCAGCCAACUGCUACUUCUCUGUGGAGGGCAUCACAUCCUCCCUGCCUUUUUUUUUGUUUUUCUUUCCUCACGUUUUUUUUAAAUCAUGGUUGGAGUGCCUGAAUGAAAGCGGACUGAUCGAGGGGGAAAGGACGAGACUAUGUGUGUGACAGAAGAGCAAAGCGUGCUGCAGUGAGUGAAGCAGAAAAGAGUGAGAGCUCUCCACACCCAUGACCGUGUGCCUGUGUGUGAUCGAGUCAAACACAGCCAAACGGACUCGCUCAUCACCUGACAGAGUCACAGUGCACGUUGUGUGGUGAGACCGAAGAUCAGCUAGAUUCAUGGUCUCCACCGCUGUACUUCGAUGAAGACAGCUACCCCUCCCCUCCCAGGAAUAUGAAAGGUUUAUCAAGCGGUCGUCCUCAGCUCACCUUCACAUCAGGACACACCUGUGGGCUGCCAGACUGCGAUCAGUCCCUUGACCCCUUGCAGCAUGUCGGCCCCGAUUCCCGCUCUUCCUAUCUGCUUAGUCCGACUGAGAGCUGCCCUCUGGAUCCACACCGCUGCUCACCCCGCAGCUCCAUCCACUCAGAGUGCAUGGUAAUGCCCGUUUCUAUGGCAUCUGACCACGUUUCCAGCAGCACCUUUCCCAGAAUGCACUACAGUUCACACCACGACGGCUCGAGAGACGACAGCUCCACUUCUCACGGUGGCGGCGGCAGUGGAGGGGUCAGUGUUGGCGGUGGGGGUGGCGGGUCUGGGAAGAUGAAUCGUAUUCCUGCGAACCUAUUGGACCAGUUCGAGAAGCAGUUGCCAAUUCACAGAGACGGGUUUCACACGCUGCAGUACCAGCGCACGUCUGCAACCACCACAAGCAGCGAGCAGCGCAACGAGAGUCCUGGGCGCAUCCGCCACCUGGUGCACUCCGUCCAGAAGCUCUUCACCAAGUCCCACUCGCUGGAGGGGUCAUCCAAGAUGAACGGCACCAAGGGAGACUCUCGCUCAGACAGCGGACACCACCACCACCACCAUCACGGACACCACCAUGGGAACCACAAACACAGCAAACGGAGUAAGAGCAAAGAACGCAAGUCAGACUCCAAGCAACGCUCAGGGAUAGCAGGCUGGUGGAGUUCUGACGACAACCUGGACAGCGACAGCACCUACCGGACUCCCAGCAUCAUGAGUCGCCACCACGGAGAUCAUAUCACUCACUGUUACCCGGACACAGGCCAUGGGCACUUUGGCGACCUUUCGCUCAAGACCUCUAAGAGCAACAACGAUGUGAAAUGUUCAGCGUGCGAGAGCAUCGCUAUGGCCCCCGAGGGCAAAUUUAUGAAGCGCAGCUCGUGGUCAACCCUGACGGUCAGCCAAGCUAAAGAAGCCUACCGCAAAUCUUCCCUCAACCUGGAGAAACCAACCAUGCCUCAAGAUCUGAAGUCCUCCAUGAGGCCUUGUAAUUAUUUGCAGGUCCCCCAGGAUGAAUGGGGAGGGAGAGAUGAGGAGAUCCCGUGCAGAAGGAUGAGGAGCAGCAGUUACGUUAAAGCCAUGGGUGAUCAGGACAGCGGAGACUCCGACGGCAGCCCUAAAAACUCCCCACAGAAAAGUGUGCGACCUGACGCUCUCGUCAAAUCCGUGCUGCAAAGACAACUUUCAGACCAGAGCUCGUACCGUUUGGACAAGUCAAGCCGGGACAUGGUCAAAUACCUCACCAAUAUCACUGCAGAUUUAAGUCAAAGCUACCAUCUUCAUACCUCUAGGGAAAUCCAUCCCAGCAUCACACUGGAACCAUCUCCCAACUACAACUCGCCGAAGUUCCGCUCCAGGAACCAGAGCUACAUGAGAGCGGUCAGCACCCUGAGCCAGGCCAGCUGCGUCAGCCAGGUCAGCCAGGUGAGCGAGACCGAGGUUAAUGGCCAGUUUGAGUCGGUGUGUGAAUCCGUGUUCAGCGAGGUAGAGUCUCAGGCCAUGGAUGCUUUGGACCUGCCGGGCUGCUUUAGAACCCGCAGCCACAGUUACCUACGAGCCAUCCAGGCCGGAUUCUCACAGGACGAUGACUGCGUCCCCUCCAUGACAUCGUCCACUGUCACCUCCACCAUCAGGUCCACCACAGGAAUUCAGUUCCAUCUCCCUUCUUCAGGCAGUGUGGACCGUCCUUCCCAGCAACCACCAGCAGUCACCUACACACCCAGUACACCCACCUAUAAGAGGACCCCUCCACCAGUGCCCCCUCGUUCCACCUCCAAACCCCUCAUCUCCAUCACAGCGCAGAGCAGCACAGAGUCCACGCAGGACGCCUACCACGAGGGACAGCUGGCCAGAGGGGGCAUCUGGGGUUCUGAUGGAUUGAGUCUGAGUUUGGGUCGAGCGCUUUAUAACUCCACUGACAGUUUGGACAGCGCUAAGGCCGUCACUAUUGCCAUGGAAGCAGCUGCCAUGGCGAUGGCAGGAAAGAGACACCCCUCCACAGACAGCCAUAGCUCAGUAAUGACCUGUGAUAAAGCUGUGCUGGUGUCCAAAGCAGAGGAGUACCUAAAAACACCAAGGUCCUCAAUAGGAAUACAGGUGGAAGCAGCGACUGAUUCUGAGUGUGAAAGCAAAGGCUCUCGAGAGUAUCAUUCUAUUGGGAUUCAAGUGGAAGACGAGAGACGACAGGGCCGGUUUAAGCGGUCCAACAGUGUCACGGCCGCCGUUCAAGCCGAUCUGGAGUUGGAGGGUUUUCCUUUAAUGGAGGACAAAGGUCUUCAGUUUGGAGGAGGUUUCCACCGUCACAGCGAGCCCAGCACCCCUACACAGUAUGGCGCCGUUCGGACGGUCCGUACCCAGGGUCUCUUCAGCUACCGUGAGGACUACCGCACCCCUACGGAGCCCCAGAGUCCCCAGCGCAGCCCCGAACCCUGGCUGGAGCCCUCGCCACGGGAACCCAUCGCCACCGUGGCAGUUACAGUGACGCCACCCCAACCAACGGAUUCGGGAAGAGCGUCACCCUCAUGCAGGAGGGACGGGAGCUGGUUCAUGCAACUGCUGCACACAGAGACAAAAAAGAUGGAGGGAUGGUGCAAAGAGCUGGAGGGAGAGGCGGAAGAGAACGAUCUGUCAGAGGAAAUCCUAGGCAAGAUCCGGAGUGCUGUAGGAAGCGCACAGCUCCUGAUGUCCCAGAAAUUCCAGCAAUUUUAUUGGCUUUGCCAGCAGAAUCUAGACCCCAGUGCCAUGCCUCGGCCCACCUCUCAGGACCUGGCCGGGUUCUGGGAUCUGCUGCAGCUUUCCAUCGAUGAUGUAACGUCCAAAUUCAACGAGUUGCAAAAGAUUAAAUCCAACAAUUGGAGGCUUAUUGAAAGUCCUGUAAAGAAGCUCCCGCCGGCAGUACCAAAGAAGACAUUGCGUAAGAGUAUGACAAGGGAAAAAUCUUUGGAUCUCCCUGACCGUCAGAGACAGGAGGCACGACGACGCCUCAUGGCGGCCAAACGCGCAGCAUCAUUCCGUCAAAACUCAGCAUCGGAGCGGGCUGACAGCAUCGAGAUCUAUAUACCAGAGGCCCAAACACGGCUCUGAGAGUCACAGGGAACACCUUCAUCACACCAUCACCAUCAUCACUCUCAGUGACAGAGCCAGUUCAAAAUACAUUCAUCAAAUGAAUCAUCAGAAACAAGAGUUUUAUUACUGUCAGAAGUCUCAAAAAAGGUUUUGUACCUUUCAUAACUGCCUGCAACAUCCAUAUGAAGUUUUCCCUGUUUAGGGAGAGACACUUCACCAAAACUGCACAACAUAUCGCAAUUGUAGGCCCACAUGACAAUUACGUUGCCUGACGAAACAAAACUUUACAUAUACGCUGAUAAUAUGAUCUCUUUGUGAGUGUCUAUAUGACAUCCAUUUAGCACUUUCAAAAUGGAAAAAUUGACACUUUUUGAGGCCUCAAAUUGAAAGAAUUCUUUUGAUUUGAUUAAAUUAAGAAACCUGAAGAAAAGUCUUUAUUUCCUGUUCCAUCUGGUUCCAUUCGUUCAAGUUCAUUUCACUCUCUCUCUCUCUUUUCAUCUUAGUGUUUCUGUUGUUCUCUCUCUCCGUCUCUCUCCCCAGUGAAGUUCAUAGUAUUUUUCUCAUGAACUCUCUUGUGAGCAUUUAUGUAAGUGCCAGUGCUGAAAUACCUCAAUCAUACAUUCUAGACUGAAGCCGUUGGCCAGAGCAGACAGUCACAGUCUUCUAAAAAAAACAAAAAAAAAAAAACACAUAAAAACUCAGCCUGAGGGUUUACAUUGCUGGAUUGAAGAUCAGUUUUUAUUAUUCACCUACUUACUGAAAUCCAAUAUCGAGCUGUCACACUACUUCAUACUUGAUAUUUAUGGUUUAUGUCGUUUUAGAGGAAUUACUGUAGGUUUUUGGGUGCAACCUAAAUUCAACAAUGUGAAGGUUCAAAAAGGCAUUUUUGCACUUUCUUCUUCUAAAUGUAUGUUUGUAUGUAUUUCCAAGGGAAAUGAAGUUCUAAAAGAUAUUGUUGCAGUUGAAUUGCAAGGUUUUCUGUGAUUUAUAGAUUUAUCAUUUCAUGUCUCUGAAUCAGCCUUAUAGUCAUUUAUCAGUUUAUAUUUAUUUUUAUUGAACCAUUUUCCACUCCAUCUGCUGUUAUCAAGCAUCUGGCCCAUGUUCUUUGCAAAAAAACCCCCUGCUUUUUAUGUCUUUUCUGUGUAUAUUGACAAAGAAAAUCAAUGACUUUGUCUCGACUGAAAGCAGAAAUCGAGCGUUCCCAUUAUUAUCUAGAUGACUUGGCGGUGGGUGAUAGAUGUGAUAGACACAUCUGUGAGAAUGUGCAGAAUGCUUUAACUGUAUAAUCAAAGUAGAACUGUUCCUGAAUCUAUUUGAUGGCGUUUGUCCAAACAGGCGACUGCAGUAUACAGGGUGGUUGAUCAUAUUAGAAUAUCAAAACCAAAAGUGGACAGUGCCAGUGUUGCUUAGGAUUGUUAUACAAUCAUUGAAUUUGUUGGCUUUGUUCAGAAUAUAUUACUAAAGAGACCCACUUCCUGUUCCUGAGAGAGAUUUCAGCUCUAACACUUCAGAUAAAAGAGUUUGAUGUUCUGUUAACACGACGCAUAAAUGCAUGACCACUUAGUGACUCACAGUGUCAAUGCGACAGCCUCAAAAACUUUCACAAAUACCAUAUUAUUUAAAAAUACCAUAUUUUAGCCACUAUAUAUCAUUACAGUCAUCCUCUGUCUUUCAUAUAAGGUUCCAUUUCAUUUCAAAAGUCAACCUAUUUCCCCUCUUGAGAUGGCCUUUUUUUUUGCUUCUGCGUCAUAGAAGUAGAGAGGAGGCCAGAGAUUAGAGGAGAUUAGUUUUAUCACUUCCACUCAACUUCCUUAGAGCUUUAUAUUCUCAAUUUCCGUUGCGAGAUGACCUUGAGAAGAGCUUGUCGUAGGAAGCAAAUAUUUUCUUCUAAUUUCCCUGUGCUCUGUUUUUUUUUUUGCUUGUUCAAACACAAUUACAGCAUUUGAUCUAUGAGAGGCUUGUAAUCGAUGAAACUGGUUUCAGGCUAGUGAAAAAUUCGGGAGUAUUUUCUCAAAACACGAGCCAAUGCACAGCAUUUGUUCUGUAAAUUGCACCUAAAGUCAAAAUACAGUGUUCUAGCUCUCAUUUCACACCAUACAGAAGUUUUGAUGGAUUAUUUUGUUGAUCAUUAUUUCGAACAAGUUCUGGACACUUUACAGCUCUGAGUCGUGUCCUUCAGAAAUCCACAGGUCAUUACUGACGCGCACCUGGCCUUACAAACUAGUCAGACUGUUGAAAAAUACACACUUAACUGAUGGGUAACAUUUUAAAAAAAGGUCUCAUUUGUUAAUAUUAGAUAAUGCAUUGAUUUAUCUGAACUAACAAUGAGCAAUAUAUUUUUUGCAGCAUUUAUUUUAAAAAGUAGUCAUUCAUUGUUUGUUCAUGUUAACUUUUGAAACUUUUCUGUAAGUGUUACCAGCUGAUUAUUUGAUAUUCAUUUUUCAUUAUGGCAAACUGAAUCAUUCGAUUUAACUGGUCCCCUACAUGGUGAGGCGUGUCUGUGAUUAUGUGGUUCUGCAAUGUGGCAGCUGUUCAUUCUGAUUAACCUGCUCAGUUAUCAAUAUGCAAACGUGCCAGUAAUGCAGGCAGUGUUCAUGUGCCAAAUAUGUUUAUGUGCCACGUUUGAACUGCUUCUGCUGUUCACAGACCUUCACGCACACUUGCGUCUUUCCCAUGCUUCAUCAUAUCAUUUCAACAUGACACGAGUGUUUCGGUGAGUUGACCUCUAAACAAACAUCUGGAAGAACAAAUGCUCACCUGCCACCUUUUAGAACAGUGGAAUCAGUUAUUAAAUCUCGAUUUGUUUGUAUGAUUGCCACAUUUUUUUCAGCAGGGUUGCACUGGGUGGUACUCUUGUUUAAAUAUGCUUUCAUGAACAUCAUGUGCAUUAACUCUGUCCAUAUCAUAUGUACAUUUAUUUCCAUCAAAAUAAAUCAUAAGUCAGUAUUUAAAAAAAAAAUUAUAAAAAAAAUGAUUCAUUGAAAAUGAUUAACCCUCUGGACCACAUUAUUUGAAACCAGCCAGCGGGCCUUUGGAACCGGUGCAGACUGAGAUGCCCUGGUUUCGGUUUCUUACACUAGAGAAGCUUCAUCUUGGGACUGGAUUAAUCCUGGAGAGGAUUAUAAAAUUUUAGAAAUUAACUAAUGAAAAGGUAGUUGUUUAGCCGAGAAUAUUUUCUUUUAUUAAACUGUAUAUCAUAUCUAUAUGAAGGGUGAAUAUAAUACCAAAUAUUCAUUAUUUGUACAGAAUUAUAUAAAUAUAAAUAGUUAUAUAUAAAUAUAUAUAUAUAUUAUAAUAUAAAUACAUAACUGAUCCUUUGUUGAAGCAAAACUCUUUUUCUGCUCUUCCUUAUUGGUUGAGUUUAUUUAUUUAUUUAUUUAUUUGGGUGGCAUGCACCUUUUUGAUGCUGAAUGUGGGUUUCCCUGCUUUCCUGCUCCAGAUCACUUUUUUUGAAUGUUGUUUAUUAUUAAACUUAUCAGUUUUGUCUAUUUUUUAUGUGUUCAUGAAAUGUUUAAAUUGUGUUAUGGAUUUGUGUUACAAAUUUGAACCUUUUUGUUUAGGCUUAUCUAGACUAUUUGUGUUUCUUUUCAUGACUUAAUUAUUGCUAUGAUCAUAUAUUGUAAAUAAUCCAGUCAUUAAA